AUGAUUCGUCGUGGGGUGUUGCCCGGAAGCCCUGCGCCGCCCACUCCGGGCCCUGGACGGAAAGUGAUGUUACAAUGGCCCAAUUUUCGAUACUUUAAAAAACCGCAGGGCUACACAUUUCUAACUAAUUUUGAAUGCACACCCAGAAUCUUUACAACAUGGCUUUUGUUGUCAACAGUGGCCGCACUUAUCUACGCGUUGAUCCUUUUCUUUACAUUAAUGCAAAAAGAUAUUCGAGAUGAAGAAGUCCCCACAGUUCUACCGUCUAUCAAUACUCCCACCGGAUAUUCUGUUUUCUUGACAUUUCCUAUGCAAAAUACUGUCAGUAGUCAGACCUUCCAAGGUAUGGUCAAUAUUAGCUUUACGGCUGAAGAGGCUACACAGCGCCUAUUUUUGCAUCGAGGCCUAAAUCUCGACCUUAUAUCUUUUGAGCUGUAUUCUGGAGGCCAAAAGUAUCCAUUGAAAAAGGGUACUUACAAAAAGGAGAGCGAGAUACAGUCAUUCAUCCCGGCCAAUAAUUUCACGGUGGAUCAAAACUAUUUUGCGGUCAUAAAUUUUACUGGGCGUUUGAAUGCGCAGAUAAAGGAGUAUAACUAUGCCGCUGGAGAUGGUACAAGAUACGGUCUUGUUUUUAUGAAUCCUCAGACCUCCUCGAAGGGCUGUAGAUAUCUAUUUCCGUGCUUUGACUCCUCGGAAUUUCCCUCGAAUUUCACUUUGAAUAUUCGACAUCACUAUUCUUUGAGGGCAUUAAGCAAUUUUCCGUCGAUUGGUAACAAAAGCAUAGGUUCGGAAUACCUCGAAGAUACAUUUUUGCCAUUGGAAUCGCUGAAACCGGCUCAAGUGGCGUUGGCGCUUACAGAUUAUCCGGCUACCUCUUCGAAUGAUACUUUUAAGAUUACCGUUUAUCACAACCAACAAACCGUAUCAACCGUCAGCAUCCCCAGGAUCAAGCAGUUCAUGGAUGAAACAGCAUAUGAGAUUGGAAAAUUGGACGUUGUCGUUGUCCCUGAUUUCACGACCCAAAAUCAACCGGGCCUCUCCAUACUCAACGAAAAGGAAACUAUUGCCGAAAGCAACGCCCUGCAAUUCCUCAAAAACAUUAAUGGGAUA